UUUUGUGCUGGGCAACGCAUGGCAACAGGUCGUGCAGUGAACAGAGCUCUGCCUGACCCGCCUCCAGCUGCGCUCCACUGAGCCAUUGACUGGGAAAUUUUCGUAUUUUCAUCCAUCGAAUGUAAUUGUUGCUGUGUCCUGUUUCCUGUAUCGAAAUUUCCGUGCGGAGGGCAAUAGGCCAAAGAAAACAAACUGCGCGCGCUAAAAAUACCCGUUCGCUCGGUGGCACCUGUUCAGCAUCCCAGCAUCCUUGAGUGCCCCACGCCCGCGAGCCUGGCCCUACCCCAGUCACCUGAAGCGCUUUGGCUUACUACACACUUUGGGCGCGAAAGUCAAAGCUGAGAGAGUGCCAGUGCAGAAUGCUACGGCUUGGCUGCAUGCAACACUAAUUAGCCGUCGAGUGUGGAUACCAAGGAGGGGAGGCACCAUACAUCAGAACGGAAUGCGUCUGCUGCCGCCACAGACAACGGAACAGCCAGAAAGAGACCAUGACGAACACCAACAUCGAUUACGACUACCUGCUCAAGUUUCUGGUGCUAGGCGACUCUGGGGUGGGGAAGACCUGCCUGCUCUACCAGUACACGGACGGGCGCUUCAACUCACAGUUCAUCUCCACAGUGGGCAUUGAUUUCCGCGAGAAGCGUCUGGUGUACAACUCGCGCGGACGUAGACAUCGCAUACACCUGCAGAUCUGGGAUACGGCCGGGCAGGAGCGCUUUAGAUCCCUGACGACCGCCUUCUACCGGGAUGCGAUGGGCUUUCUGCUCAUCUUUGAUCUGACCAGCGAGAAGUCCUUCCUGGAGACCGUCAAUUGGCUGGAACAGCUGCGCAUGCACGCCUACUCCGAGGAUCCGGACGUUGUGCUGUGCGGCAACAAGUGCGAUCUGCUCGAGCUGCGUGUCGUCAGUCGCGACCAGGUGGCGGCACUGUGCCGCCGCUACCGUCUGCCCUACAUCGAGACGAGCGCCUGCACCGGUGCCAAUGUCCAGGAAGCCGUACAGCUGCUCGUAGGCUGCGUCAUGGAUCGCAUCGAGAAUGCCGCCUGCAACCGUGAGCUCUCGCUGUUGCUCACCCAGUCCCGUUGCCUGCCCAACGUUGCCUAUGGCCCGGAGCUGCUGCGACUCCAUGAGACGAGCGGCGAACCCAAGGGCCGCGGGCGACGCAACUGUCGCAAUUGUUAAGGAGAUCCACCUCCUAAUUACCUGAUUCCGCCAACUAAUCUCAACCAGAGUUCUUUAUGUUUAUCUCGUUUAUGGUUCUACGUGUGUGUUUUUCGCUGUAAAUAAAUGUUGAUUGUUGAAUGGAA